AUUAAACAUGGCGCCUGCUAGGUUAUUGUCGUGAGUGGUAAUUUAUUUUCUGGUGUUAAUGUGAAAAUUUCACAGGUUUUCCGGGCCGAUGCGGAGCGCGGCGCGUACGGGAAGGCGUCCCGGCCUCGUUCGCCCCGGUUUAAACGUAACUCUGUUAUCAGAACGCCAAUAAAACAUAUAAAUUGACUUGCAUAAACAGUGGGUUGUGGGUAUACACACCCUGACGCGAGAUCCCUCGAGUAUAUCCUCAGCUUUAUGGGUUUCUCCUAUAUUUGUGACGUAGUUAGUAGUUUCUUAUUGACUGUUGUUCACCCUCGCAAACAAAUACUCUGGCUGAUUGGUGAUAAUUGUAUAUUAAAACCCGAAAAUGUCGAGGUUUUGUACAGUGUUUUCUUCAGUGGGAUAAGAGCCACCAUCGGCUGCUUGAAGAUCACUUUGGAUAACAGCGGAAAGGCUUGGGCCUUAUGCCGCCUGCCGGGCUAUCGGCACGAGGUUUGUCUACUUUGAUGGACCACGGACAUCCGGACGCUCGUCAUCAGAGCGAGCGAUUUUUACAUUAUCCGGAGAAUGGCUCCACACGCUAUCAGACUCAAAGCAAUACCAAUUCACCGAGAUAUCAGCCGAGCAACAGAGGCACCCACCAUUGGACGAGCCACGGAUAUUCAGAGGCACGUGCUUCGAACAAUAACAUGUCGGACAGCAGCGUUUCUGACACACAUAGUGGUGGCACGGCUAAAACCGUAUCCCAACAAACCAGCCCAUCUCAUGGAACGUAUUCCUCGUCACAAUCGCAAAAUGACAAUAGCUCCAUUAUUUUCACCGCUCUAUUUGAUUACGUUGCUCAGGGUGAAGAUGAGCUAACGCUUCAAAGAGGUGAAACUGUUGAGGUUCUGUCGAAAGAUUCAAAAAUUUCCGGCGAUGAAGGAUGGUGGACGGGUAAAAUUCAUGGAAAGGUGGGAAUAUUUCCUGCCAAUUUUGUUGCUAAAGCUGAUAGUAUCGACAAGGUCUCUUCAGUUAUUGACAAAGUUCAACCAGUAGAAAUCGAUUUUGAUGAAUUACAAUUAGAGGAGGUCAUCGGUGUUGGAGGUUUUGGAAAAGUCUAUAGGGGCUAUUGGCAAAAGCAUGAAGUAGCUGUUAAAGCAGCUCGCCAAGACCCUGACGAAGAGCCUAGCGUAACGUUAGAAAAUGUACGACAGGAGGCAAAGUUAUUUUGGCUUCUAAAGCAUGAAAAUAUAGUCUCGAUCGAAGGAGUUUGCUUAAAAAUGCCAAACAUGUGUUUGGUGAUGGAAUAUGCAAGGGGCGGCAGUCUCAAUAGGGUUCUUAGUGGUAGAAAAAUUCGACCUGAUGUUUUGGUAGAUUGGGCUAUACAAAUUGCUCGUGGAAUGGAUUACCUCCAUAACAAAGCUCCAAUCAGCUUAAUUCACAGAGACUUAAAAAGUUCAAAUGUACUGUUGAGCGAGCCGAUAGAAAAUGAUGAUCUCCAGUACAAAACACUGAAGAUUACUGACUUUGGCUUGGCACGAGAAGUCUAUAAGACUACACGCAUGUCAGCAGCUGGUACUUAUGCCUGGAUGGCACCAGAAGUUAUCAGAAAGAGCAUUUUCAGCAAAGCGAGCGAUGUGUGGAGCUAUGGUGUUUUGUUGUGGGAGCUUCUUACUGGAGAAACACCCUACAAAGGCAUUGAUGCUUUAGCAAUUGCUUAUGGCGUUGCUAUUAAUAAGUUGACCUUACCUAUUGCUUCAACAUGUCCACAACCUUGGCGAUUUCUUAUGGAAGCAUGCUGGGCGGCAGAUAGCCACGGAAGGCCUGGCUUUGCAGAUAUUUUAGAAGCUCUAGAUGAGGUGCGCAGUGCUUUCGCAGAAACACCACACGAGUCUUUUCACACAAUGCAAGAGAACUGGCGUGUUGAAAUAGAAGAGGUGCUUCAUGGCCUGCGCAUGAAGGAAAAGGCAUGUCGGUCUUUAGAGGAGGAAUUGCGCUGUAGAGAAGAAGAGUUAACAAAAGCACAAGUGCAACAAAAACAGCAUGAGGAGAAUUUACGACAAAGAGAACAGGAAUUGGCAGCUCGUGAGAUAGACUUACUGGAACGUGAAUUGACUGUUAUGAUCAUACAGCAACAAAAUACACCCACGCCAAACAAAAGGCUUGGUAAAUUUAAGAAAUCAAGACUAAAGUUGUAUAAGAAGGAACCUGGUAGUAACAUCAGUUUCCCUUCUGACUUUCGACAUACAAUCACCGUUCAGCACACGGCAUUAGAUCGAGGUAAAAACCGCAACCCUUCAAGACCUAACAGUCCACCUGGAUCACCAAGUAUUCCGAGACUUAGAGCGAUUGCCUUACCAGCAGACGGUAUCAAAGGCAAAACUUGGGGCCCGUCUACAUUGCACCAGCGUGAGCGUGGAGCGAUAAUAACGCAGCCCCCAAAUCCUGCUUCACCUGAUAACAAACGAUGGUCUCGGUCUGCACCUGAUCUUGAAAAAACUCCACUUCGUACCGCUCUGUUGGCAAGUACGCAGCUGUCGCCUCUUCUUCAAGAAAUAGACUACUCAGCAUUGUCGCCAGAACUUCCGACUGAUUGGAUGACCUCGGAUUAUCCUAUCAAACCUGGCCUUACUGGGCCCUACAUUAUGCCAAUGCCAGUUCCCAUGCCCACGCUGUACAAUGGGGAAGUCAAGAAACCCAAACUGAGCAUAAUCGAACUGGUUCUGUACAACAUCGCUGCCAUGUUAGCUGGUGUGGCAACGGGAUAUGACGUUCGAAUGUCAAAUGUGUCACCAAUUCAUCCAAGGUUGCAGCCAAAGCCAAGUAACUGCGAAGAUGACCAAUCCAGAUGGUGGUUUCAAGCUGAGACUGGUUCCAACAGGAAUUCUGCUUACUUAGGUCCAGAUUAUGAAUUCAGCUCAUCCAGUGGCUAUCCCCAUAAUACAUACCAUGGACCGGCAAGACACUACAGGCCGUUUCUAAGCAACAUGGGAGGUAUACCACCUGGUCUCCCAUCAAAUGUAAUGCCAGACAAACCAUUACGGUUUACGGACUCACCCCAACACUAUGUAACAUCGGCCAACUCUAAUGCGCCAACACCUAGUCCACGUAGAAAAAGCUCUAGUACAAACAACGACGAUACUUACUCACCUGAUAUUGGAAGGAUCGAUAGGAUUGAUAGAAUCGAUCGAAUUGACCGUGUGCCAACAAUAUUCAUGGGGAACAUUGCGGCAAUACCGGAUUAUGGACCACCUGUCUAUGCAGUCGUUCCAACAGAAUACUAUAGACCUCCCGAAUCUACAUAUUUUGUGCCCUCAGAUUAUCACGACAGAAUGCUGGAAUGUCCAGAAUUCCCACACGCCUAUGAUAAUCCGAGCAGCAUAAAUAGUCCUGCACGUCCUAUGCCAAGACUUCCACCUUAUACUCAUCACCGGACUUCGUCCAACGUUUCAAAUGCAAGUACGUCUAGCCAAAGUAAUGUUAAUCCAACGUUUCGACUUGAAGAUGAAGCUGAUUACUCAAUGUAUUCACCAAGCCAUUAUUAUCAACGAUCGUCUAACGCUAUAUCCAGUGUUUCUAGUUAUAAUUCGAAUAUUUUAAAUCAUGACUACAAUUCUCUGUAUUUGACACGACAAAAUUCACAUGAAUCAAACCCGAAUUCAAGUGAGAGACCAAGUAACUUGGAGGUUGUCACGAGGCUUCGAUCGAGUCUGAAAAGAUCGAACUACUCUUAUAACUCGCCGAAUAAGAAUCCAAGUAAAAAUAAUUCAGGCUCUGGUACGCCAACUAAUCCUACGCCACCAGACUCUCUAACUUCUGAAGAUUCAAGUUAUGUUUCAGCAAAAGAUAGCCAAAUUUCAAUUAGUAGAGUCAGAUUCUCACCAGUUACAUUUGAGAGAGAUAACACUACUCGAGAUCAUCGAGAAACGCUCUUAGAUAUACCAGUUCAUGGGCAAACCCAAGAUAUCACGGUACCAUUGCAAGCCAAUCGAAGGCUUAGUAGAAGCCGAAAACCAAGCAUUUCAGAAUUAGAAAGAGAAUUUUUAUCAUAGCAUUGGCUUAUUUAAGGCUAAACAUGAAAAUAUCAAAGAGAACACAGUUGUGGAUUGUUUGAAAUUGGUGACCUGAGGAUCGUUUAUUAAAUUGAAAAGGCGCAAGUAAAAUACAAUCAUGCGGCUUAGUCAUACUUCGAUCUCUUGGUCUUCAAUUUAAGUUUAAUUUGAUAUAUUUGUGGACCAGUAACUUGUAUAUCAACUAUAAGGAAAACAACGGGUCGAACUAGAAUGUUAAUAAGAAACAAUGAUGCUCGUAUAAAUUACAGUUUGAUAUUUUCAAAUUAUGGAGUCGUGAUAUGACCAAAAAUACAUCGUAUAACCAAUAAAGUAAUUAUGAACUGGAACCUGCAUUAAACACUGCCCUUUGUAAGCAAAUAUUCAUGAAAAUCUUUGUUAUACAGUGUCUUUCUAUCAUAAAGAAUUCAUUCCAAAUAUGUGCAAGGCAAUACUUGCUUGGUGUUCAAUAUUGAGGUUGAUCAAUACUGAGAAGCGCAACAUUCCAUUGCAUGAUUAGAAUUAAAGGUCAUGUUAUAGUUCUACCUUUACUGAUCAACUCAUUUCAUUAAAAUUUUUCGUUUAUUCAAUUGAAAAAUGAAUAGUGCAUUUGCAUUUUGAUAGCAAAAUUUGGGAAAGUCAUUUAUAUUUUGAUAACUCUCUGUCAGUCUUGUUAAUUCAUUGAUUGUAUAAGCAAAAAAGUAACAAUGAGGUGACUUGAUCAAUGAAGCUAGAGCUGUUUCAUGGCCCAUGUCAGUAUUUCUUUGGCAGUUAGUACGAAGAUUAGACAAUAGCAAGCUCAAAGUUUUUUUUAUAUGUAAUGAACUUGGUGAGAACUAAAGUCAUUUAUCAAAUAAUUUUGAUUCAAUAUUGUAAAAAUAUUUAUGCAAACAGUGAUAGAAAUGUCACAGUUUUAUCAGGGUCAAUGUGAUUUUGUUCUUUCAUCUUUAGACUGCUUUAUUCCGUGUUUCCCACAAUUGUUUAUUACUGUACCUUGUGGUUUUACUGUCACAAAUAUCCCUGUUUUUGGAAGCUAAGGACCAGAAGAGCACGACCCUCAAAAAGCAUUGGAUACUGCCAUAAUGAGGGCGUAUCUCCGAUUGUAACAUGUAUAUCCCAUAAGUCAAGGCCUCAUUCAUAAAGGGGUAAGCCACAAAUGUUUCAACCUUACUACUACUGGAAGGAUGGAUCAAUAAAAUUUAAAAAAGAGGAUAAAAUGUUAGUGUUUUACGUCCCUCUCGCAGUGAGGUGUCUUCUAAGAUUGUAAAAGAUUCAACUGCAAUACUGCCACAGAGCGUGUUCUCUUUUUUUAAAUCUCUUAAGAUGCGUGCUUCUGAUAGUAUCAAAGCAAAAAUGAGGUGGCUCAUGCCUUUCUUGCUGGAACUCGUAUUAUGAAAUUUACGAGUUGGUAAGAGAUACGCUCUUCUGGUCCUUAGCCCUCGAUAUAUUUCUUAUUCGACAGCAUUCACAAUUUUGAAAUAUUUUGUCUGCUGUGUCUUUUUAGUAUGUUCAACCGUAUGGAUAAACUGCACAUUUUAUUUUUCGUAUACGGAUGUUUUAAUAGUAUACAUAUUGUUCUAAAAUGCGCAAAUCCGGGCCUGUAUACUCAUAUGCAAAUUGUGAGUUAUUAUUUUACUGGUGUGGUUGAAAUACUCUUGAGUUGUAAUUGGAAUGAAGAAUUCGACCAAUUCCGCUAUAAAAUGUUAUUUUGGUUACGAAUAGCAUAUCAUUCCUUUUGAAAUUCCAAUGAAACCCUGCAUUUAUUCCUAUUAUGCAUUCUUAGAUAACUCGGCAUUGACUAUUCCAGUAUUUUUUACAGAUCAAUAUUAACAACGGGAAUGAUAGAUACUUAUAACAACAAAUAGUCACUUUUACACCGUGUCGUUUUUUCUAUCUUUCAUAGCGGAUAGUUUCAUAAUUUUAUUAUGUGUGUACACAUUUGUUCACGCACGUGCCUCCGUGUAUGCAAAUAUAUCUAGAUAUAUGUACUUGAUAGAUGUAUAUGCUUUGUGAUGGUCUGCCAUAAAUAUGUGCAUAUAUUGUCGUUACAUAUAAUUAUUUAUCGACAUAGCAUAAUGUGAAAAAUCCAGUGAUUGGUAUGGCUUGGUUUCUGUAUAAAUAACUUUUUCACCGUUAUAUGUACAAAUAUGUGUACAGUAUAGUAAUAUUGCCAAAACAAGUGGUGUGAUGAAAAAAAUAAGAACUCUUUGCCAUCUUUCCCGUGACACACAUUGUAUAUUAUCAACAUAAUAAUGUUCAUGUUAGGAGUAUAUACAGUACAUUGUUUCAGUUGCACAGCCUGUUUGUACAGUAACAUAAUUCAAAAUAGGCUAAAUUCAUUAAUUGUUCAUAUCACAAACUACCUAAAGCAGUAAAACUUUGAUUAGCAUUAAAUUAUAUUUUGGCACAUCUUUCCAAUGACCCUGGUUCAAGAAGGUCUAAACCUUUUAUAGAUUAUGAACGUGAAAGUUUUAGAAUUACUGGUAUUAUAGAACUCACUAUAAUUAAUGUAAUUACAGUGUUACUUUAAAAACAGGCUAAAUAUUGUAUAUUCUUAACACAGUUCGUAUUUUUUACGGGAUUUUUUUGAAAUUCGUAAUAAUAUAAAGUAUAUCUAAUUUUAUCAAUGUACCAAUCAUGUUUUUUUUUUAAUUAGCACUUCAUGUAACGCAUGCUGUAAAUAAUUAAUAGUAUGGAAGUUGUAUAUAUACAUAUUAUAAUAUACUAAAUAUAGUUGGAAAUAAAUUUAACAUCUGUACGUACCUACUACAAGCGAAGGAAGUACGGCGAGUUGAAAGAGAAAUCCUCAGUAAUUAGUUAAUACAUACUUUCUAAAAAUAAUUUAAUAUUCCCAACAAUCAUUAUUGUUGAUUUAAAUGUACAGAACUGCAAUCAAAAGCCGUCUUCAUUUCUGGCAAUAUUUCGCGUUGCAUUUUCUUGAAAUCAAAAUCUAUUUUAUUUUAUGUUUCAUUUAUGUUUAGUGCUGAAAACGCGUGGAAUAUUAAAUUGUAUGAUUUUGUUAUAAAUUUUGUAAUGAAACUAUAUUAUUUAAUCGUGGUUAUAUUUCAACGACUUGAAGUUUGAUAGAAGGUGAACAUCAGUAUUGUUAUAGGAUACGCCGCAAUGUACAUAGCUUCUAAAAUUACGAUAACAAAAUCAGUUCCAUAGUCUUCGAGAAGGGUGCACCAUCACAGGUUACUGAAUUAGAUUACUCUGAGCGUUUUGUAAGAAAACAUGGUUUUUUCAUAUUUUCACAGUAGACAUUAUUGCAAAUGAAUCAACUCAUUUCAAAUGUAUGCAAGAAAUGUAUGAAGAAAUUAUUCUAACUAAGUACUGAUAAAUUUGUUACUUUAUUUCUUGAUUAUACCAAUUUAUCUGAAGGUAUAUAUUUUAAUGUUACAUAACAAAAUUUUAUUACGGAAACGUUUCAUUGGAACAAUUUAAAAGUUUCUCAGUAAUACAUAUUGUGUAAAAAUUGUUGCUUCAGCAUAAAUAUUCCCUAACAUGUUACAAGCCAUGUUACUUACAGUGAUACUGGUUGAUUAAUUUUCUUAUGUGAAUUAGCUUCACAAUCAGUAAUGGAUUACAAAUUAACAGAGUAACACAUUUUCGAUUAGUAAAAUAUGAUACAACAGUAAACAUACGAGUGUAUAUCAGAAUGAUCUGGAUGUUUUUAGAAUUAUUCAACAUCAAUGUGGGUACAUUUGUUCUUUUGUUGUUACACUGAUGUCAAAGGUAAAAAAUAUAAUGAAACACCACUUCUUGAAGAACGGCUUGUCUGUAAUGCAUAAAAAAUUUGCGGUGCUAGAAAUGGCGUACUUAAUUAUUAUAAGUAUUUAAAAAAAAUUCAACAUGCUUCCAAGAAACACUUGAAUUAUAGAAAAAAUAUUAGAUCAUUAAUCGCUAAUAAUAAUAAUAAUUACAAUGACACAAUAAUUAUUAUUAUCAUAGUAAUAAUUUGAUCACAAAUAAUACUCGGCAGCUAUAAACGUAUUGAUUGUGUAAUGGCGCUUGUUCGCCGACAGUGCUAGUCUAAGCUAUAUUUAUUUUUUAUAUUACAAACUUGUUUAGUAUAUAAGUAAUUAAUUCAAUUGCGCAUUUAAUUCAAUUCCAUUGUAAUAGCUUAGGUGUUAAGUAUUCUAGAAAUGUAUGGUCGGAGAGUGCUGAGUAGUAGUGCUGUAGUGGUAAAAAUCUGUGCAUAUCCACUUGCAGCAUAUGUUGGUAUAUAUUAUACCAAUUAGAUUAUUGAUUCAUAAAAUUUAGAUUGAUUAUAAAUAUAAAUAUAUCCACAGAUGUUAAAGAUUUCAGUAAAUCAUUGCGAAAUAGCUACGACAAAUGAAUUAUGCCAACUUCUAGUAGUAGCAUUUCCACAGGGAACCAAACAUCAUGUAUCGUGUGAUACUUUAUUGUAAUAUUCAGCACUCUUGACUCUGCUGUACUUAUACUCUACUAUGUAGAUAUUUUUAGGAUUAACUUAUUUUCGAACUACAUUCCUUUUGCUAUUGUAAACGUUGCAAUAUUGAAAUGGAAGAAUACAUGCUGACUGCUGAGUGUCUGCAAAAUUUCAUAAGGCUCCCUCUUGUUUGCUCCUAUGUACGUGUGGAUAAGUUAUGUAAACAUACUUUAUAUAAAAUAGGAAUCAAAAAUAUUACACUUAUUAGAGUUUGGAAGAAAUUGUGCAAACAAAUGUGAGGUAUACAGUUUUUCAGACAUUCUGCUCAGUCUUUGAAUAUUACAGCAAUUCGAUGAUGAUGUUAGCGCAUUGUGUAUCGGAGGUAAUCUUCACAAUGUCUGAUAGCUAGUGAUUGGCAGAUGAAAAAAUGCAAUAUUCAUAUAUCUUAUACAUAUAAUACAACAGAUGGCAAUCAGUAAUAUACCUAUUAAAUUUUUUUCCCUGCACCAUUAAAGCUAAUCCACAAAGAAAAGAAAAUUGAAAGUUACUGGUCUUGCAGUGUCGAUACACUAGUGAUAAUCAUUUUUCUCAAUUACUUGAAAAGUUCUAACAUUUCAGCUGAGUCACUUUGAAUAAAGUUGUUUGAAGUGUAUCAGAGAACGACAAAACUAAGGUAAAAUGUUGAGGGAAAUGAGGAUUUCUCUACAAAAAAAUUAAAAAUCUUUCCAACGAAUUUUCGGUUAAAAAUGUUCACCAGGAUACUAAAGCAAAUUCUAAUUCUCUGAAAAAAGUGAAAAUGUAGCUCCACAGUUACGAUAAAUAAUAAAAAAUUACAUUCAUAUGUAAACUGUACAGAAGCUUAUUUAAUAGGGCUAUUGCUAUAGGGACGUAGCUAUUCUUACAGUUGUGGUAAUUUUAUUAGAACUCAUUGCUAUAAUAUAUUGCAAUUCGGCAAUCCACCUUCCUGUUAUAGUUGUAGCUAUCUCACAAUGAUAUCCAGCUAAAUGACUGUAAUGACAACUAUCUUACCGUAUUUACAUCAGUACCUUUCAUCCUCUAUCACUCAAUAGGUAUUUCGAUUGUCCUGAAAGUGAAAUCCCAAUUCGAGGUAUUGUGAAUGAAUAAAAGUCAUACCUUAAUAGUA